GUCCCCGCCCCCUCUUCAACGGCGCACAUGAUUGGCUACCAAUUAGGAGGCGUCAUCGACCUUGUUAUUGGUUCCAAACACUAAGCAGGAAGUGUCACUGUGGCCGCACACACGGGAGAAGUCUCCAGCGAGGACGACAUGACGGCCCUGCCAGACUGCGUGCGGGAGUGGGAAGAACUGCAGCAGCAUUACAGUGAGAUGCAGGAGACCCACCGCUCAUACAAGCAGAAGUUGGAGGAAUUAACAAAGCUACAGACACGGUGUUCCAGCUCCAUUACCCGGCAGAAGAAAAAGAUAAAAGACCUGUCUCUGGAACUGAAAAAGAUAAAGAACACACCAGAAAAUGAAGAGCAAAUUAGGGAAAUAAAAGAAACUAUUAAGCAGCGAGAGAAGGAAUUUUUUGAAAUGGAGUCUUUCCUCCCAAAGAAAAAUGGAUUGUACUUGAGCCUGGUAUUGGGAAAUGUGAAUGUAACCCUCCUGAGUAAGCAAUCUAAGUUUGCUUACAAAGAUGAAUAUGAGAAAUUCAAGUUAUACCUCACAAUGAUCCUGAUCGUCUUGUCCUUUGUCUGUCGUUUUCUGCUGAACUCCAGGGUGGCAGAUGCCAUGUUUAACUUCCUGCUGGUUUGGUAUUACUGCACUCUAACAAUCCGAGAAAGCAUUUUAAUAAACAACGGCUCCAGAAUUAAAGGCUGGUGGGUCCUGAACCACUAUGUGUCCACCUUCCUGUCAGGUGUCAUGCUGACCUGGCCAGAUGGAUUAAUGUACCAGAUGUUUAGAAACCAGUUCCUUUCUUUCUCCAUGUACCAAAGUUUUGUCCAGUUCCUGCAGUACUACUACCAAAGUGGCUGUUUGUACAGAUUGCGUGCUCUUGGGGAAAGGCAUAACAUGGACUUGACUGUGGAGGGUUUCCAGUCAUGGAUGUGGAGGGGAUUGACCUUUCUCUUACCAUUCCUCUUCUUUGGCCAGUUCUGGCAGCUCUAUAACGCUAUUACCCUGUUUCAACUAGCCAGGCUUCCUGAGUGCAAGGAAUGGCAGGUUAUUAUGUGUGGACUGCCAUUCCUUUUCCACUUCAUGGGAAAUUUCUUUACCACCCUCCGAGUUGUCCAACAGAAAUUUCAAAAACAAAAAGAAGGGAAAAACGAGUAGCUCCAUUGAGCAUAGGCUUGCCAAUGGAGAAACCCUAAUGUGACUGUAUACUCGGAUGAACUCUCUUCUUUAUUCAGCCUAAUAGGCUGUUCAGUUCAUGACACGGAAGACGACGAGAAUGUGCCAGUAGAUAGACACUCCUUGAGUGUCUUUAUACACUCCACUAAUGGUUCAAGCACAAACCUGUUAUAGGUUUCUUGCUGUAUGUAUAUUUACGCCAGUCAUAUACAAUUCUGCAAGACCAUGUUUGAUGGGAACCGAACAAUACUGUUUUUAGGCAAAAUGUCUACAUUGUUUCCUUUAAAGUGUAACUGUCAUUAAAAAAAAAAAAAAAAAGAUUAAAAAAUCUUGUAAUUUAUUGGGCAAAAUUUUUUAUUCACCAAUUGUGCCUGGGCUGCCGCAUUUUUAAUAAUAAACUUUGACUUAUCUGCUGGCACAGCUCCCCCGGUGCCACUGGUAUCACUCUCCCUACCUCCGGUGCGGUCUUCCUGCUUUUGUAGCCCAACACAUCAGACUGCUGCUCAGCUAAUAGUCGAUUGCACUAAUGUCCCACCUUGACAGACAAUAAGCUGAGCGGAUGUAUUGAACCCAGGCCUGAUACAUCACACUGCUGCUCAGCCUAUCGCUGGUUGAGGCAGGACAUUGCUGCGGCCACCGAUUAGCUGAACGGCAGUUUGCCCUAUCAGGCUUGUAAAAGCAGGAAGAAGACCACGUGUGAGGACGGGAGAGCAAUACCAGCGGUGGGAGGUAAGUCAAAGUUUAUUUUAUUUGUGGCAACCCAGGCAAAAUAAGGGAAUGCAAGAUUUUGCUGGAUAAACCCCUUAAUAUUUUUUGUAAUUAAUCUGAUUGAGUAAACUGCAGCUAAACAUCCCCCCAAAUCCUAAACUGCCAUUGCUAUGCUGCACCCAUACACAGCUACUGUUAAGUUUCAGUUUUCUAAUAGAAAGGGAGAGAAUAGAUUAUUCAUGUAAAUUACUACCACAUGAAUGUUGUAAUAUAUUUUUUUUUAAAUGACUGUUACACUUUAAGCAGAGCAGCUCAGGUUUUGUUCAUUGACCUGUACAUCAUCUGUCCUUGUUUGUAUAAACCUGAUCUGCAAUAAACUCUUUUGAA